GCCAGGGGAAAUGGCGGCAUUGCCAGGCCUCCCCGCCUCGGCCUCCUUGGACCUCCUCCUCUGUCGCCGACCCGCGCGUCCCAUGCUCUGCAGCCCUACCCGCGCCAGAAGUCGGCUCCCGUGAACGGCCCCGGCGUGAAUGCCUAAAUCAAAGGAACUUGUUUCUUCAAGCUCUUCGGGCAGCGAUUCUGACAGUGAGGUUGACAAAAAGUUAAAGAGGAAAAAGCAAGUUACUCCAGAGAAACCUGUGAAGAAGCAAAAGACUGGUGAAACUUCAAGAGCCCUGUCAUCCUCUAAGCAGAGCAGCAGCAGCAGAGAUGAUAACAUGUUCCAGAUUGGGAAAAUGAGGUACGUCAGUGUUCGGGACUUUAAAGGGAAAGUCCUAAUUGAUAUUAGAGAAUAUUGGAUGGAUCCAGAAGGUGAAAUGAAACCUGGAAGAAAAGGUAUUUCUUUAAAUCCCGAGCAAUGGAGCCAACUGAAGGAACAGAUUUCGGACAUUGAUGAUGCAGUAAGAAAACUGUAAAAUCAGAGCCAUAUGAAACCUGUACUGUUCUAGUUGUUUUAAUCUGUCUUUUUACAUUGGCUUUUGUUUUCUAAACGUUGUUUUCCAAGCUAUUGUAUAUUUGGAUUGCAGAACAAUUUGUAAGAUGAAUACUUCUUUUUUUUAUGUGCAUUAUUAAAAGUGUUCUGAGUGAAGCUAAUUGUCAACUUUAUUAAGGAGGUUUGCUUUGUGCCCGCCACCUAGUGUAAAAUAAAAUCAAAUAAUACAAUCUUAACUGUUGUGGCCUUUCUUGAUCAAAAAAGUUGGUACCGUUUAAGGCCAAAAGUAACAGUUUAUAGACCUGUUAGUUUCACUUUGGCUUUUACAUGCAAAAGGAUUUGUAUUGCAUUGAAUUUAUAAACUCUGACUUGUGAAAUCCAUAGUUGAUCUGUUUUCUUCCAGUCCAGUGUCUAGACUUAACUAGAUUUUUCUACCCCAGUGAUACUUCACACCCCCCACCUUUUUUUUAACAGUGUUUUUUCCUUUAAUGACUUGUCAUGUUCAGUUUUCAUUUCACUCUUUUGCUCUCUUGAAUAUAUUAUACUAAUUUGGAAAGUCAGUGAAACUGUCAACAUGUUAGUUAUCUCAACAAGGUACUUGUAAUUAAAAUACUAUAUGAGAGCUACAAUCACUAAUUCUACUGUAUUAACUAUUAGGAGAUAUAGUUUGAUAAAAAAACAUGGCUUGUAUGAAAACUGAGCAAGUAAGUGUAUGUCGUUACCUGUAGUGUCCUGUGUAGUACCUUAUUGCUUAGUCUGCAGAGAAUAAUGACUUAAAUGUCUGAUUUCCUUUCACUUAUUAAACCUGUUCACCAUGGGAUGAUGUCUAUGAAAUCAGAUACUGUUAUCUUAGAUUAGGAUUUAAUAAAAAUUGUGAAAGAUUACUGGCCUAACAUUUUAUUUUAUAAUGUUGAGUGUGGAUUAUAUGUAGCCAGAGAUAUCACUGAGCUUUACUGUCACAGGAGGUAAUGUGGUUAGUUUUUGGAAGAAAGAAUAUAUAGGCACAUAUUUCUGGUUUUUUGGCCUUUUCUUAGUGGACUUGGUUCUUUUUUUUUUGCAGUUAGUCUACUGGACAGUAGUAUUCUAGACUUAAUGUUACUAAGUUUUAGCAGGCACUCGGAAGUGAUUUUCAUGAAAUUGUAGUGAUGAAGCAGACCCCAUUGACGCACAGAUUUCAGGGGCUUUGCAGCAAUAAAUAGGGCAGGAUGUGCCUUAGAAAGAGAAUUUAGGGGAACUCUAACUGAGAUGAAGGAAGGUGGCAGUGAAGAGGAGGGAAAUGUCUUCAAACAAGGUGGAACAUAGGAUAUUUUGAUCACAUUGAUAGGACACAAUCCUGGAUAGAAUAGUAAAAAGAAAGGUUUAAAGACAUGUAAAAAAAAAUUCUUAUUAACAAAUUAUUUUCAAUAGCUAAUCUUAAAUGGUUUUAUUGCCAUGUCGGAGAGUUGCACUAUUAUACCAAGACUGAUUACUGCGUCUAAAAUGUUUUAUAGUAGAAUUGUCAAGGAUUUGAUUUCAAAACUAGCUGCCAGGACAGGUAUAGUUAUUAAAUUGUUUUCUGGCAGUUCUUCUGUCUUAAAGUAUGUUUUUACAUUUUUUAGAUGAUUUUUAUAAUGUUUUUAGCAGUAAUCCUAAUAGGUGCAUAAUUGGGGAAUUAAAUCUUCCCUUGUGGUAUUUUAACCUCCAUCAGAUAAUAGGUACCCAAAGUGUUCAAAAUGGUAUUUUAGACAAAUCAUAUCUUGAUAGAUAACUUUCCCUUUAUUUGGGAACAUACAUGUGUUCUAUUAACUUAAUUGGGUGGACUUGUAAAGUAUUUCUUAUUACAUAUACAGAAAGGGUAGUUAGAACACAGAACAUUGAUUUUGGUGUAAAGAGAAUAAUGGGAAAGUUUCCUAGGUCUGUAUGAAUUCAGGCUGGGUGUGCAUUUUAAAACAAUCUGCUGACACAGAGCUGGUGCUGAAAUCUGUUACCUAGGCAUUUUCUAGCUGUACAACAUUGUGUCAUUAAGACCUUCAUAGAAAGAGUGUUUCCCUCACAGAAUUUGAUAGGUUGACUGCUAAAUUCAUUUAAAUUUGCAAAUGGAUAUGCAAUAUAUAGAAAUUACUUCUUUUUUGGGGUACAGGAAGUGAUGAGAACUAGGUUUAAAAGAAAAGACCAGUUAAUUAUACUGAGAAGAUAAGAUAGGGAGUGAGGUUUUCUGUUUCAAAUUACCUUCUUGGUAAGAUUUCUUCCAGGAAGAGAGCUUGCCAUUUUGAGGCAGCAGUUUCUUACUUGGUAAUGCCAGAAUGAAUUUAAUUAAUGCCAGCCCUGAGUGAACUUGUAGCAGGGUUUCUCCAAUGGGGUUUUCCUCUUUGUCUUUUCAAGUAUGGGUAGCAUUUGACUGAUUUCCAGUGCCCUUGGCAUUUUACUUAAAGAACCACCACUUAAAAAAAAAAAAGAAAGAAAGAAAGAAAGAAAGAAAGAAAGAAAGAAAGAAAAACAACAAAAAAACCCCCACACCACACACACAUAUAAAAACAAAACCAAACCUCUUUAUGAUUUGAUUAUUCUCUCUUGCUUUUACUUUGUGAAUGCUUUUGAAGAAUACUCCUACCUCAUUAGCUAGUCAAGUUGCUGUGAUAUUGGAUCUAUUCCUACGUAGGAAAAAACACUUAGAAAAAAAAAGUAUGUACAUAUCCUGGCUUGGCUAUUGAGGGGAAAAGAGAAAGAGUUGAGUGUUAUUUAGGUUUCCUGAUAGGGAUGUCAGAAAGAGCACUAUACAAGCUUGAAAUUUUUUUAAAAAGCGCUGGCUAAUAUUUAGGUAUCUCCUGAAAUUCUUUGUUAUUUACUUUUUAUGGAAAUUAAUCCAGUGAAAUACUUUAAAGUUUUUGUUUUUAUUCUUAAAGUGGUAUUUUCCAGAUAAAGUCUGGGGUAAACAUUCACAUAGUCACAAAUAUGUAAUUCUGUAAUUGUGGAAUAACCUGUAUGCUUUGGUUGGUACAUCUUCCAUGGAGAUGUCAAUGGAUAUAAUCCUCCAUCUGUGAAUAUUUUAAAUGUUGAAAUAAAAAUAAGAAAUGUG